CCCACCAACAUGCUACCACCUUGACACAGGCACAGACGCAUACAGACGCAUGCGCACAUACCUACAUACCUACCUACCAUACCUACCAUACCUACGUACAUCCAUACCCCCUACAUCCAUACCACCUACAUAUCUAUCCACAUACAUAUCCACAUACAUAUACACAUACAUACAUACAUACACACACACGCACACACACACACACACGCACACGCACACGCACACGCACAUAUCCGCGGAGAGCGAGCGAGAGAGAGAGAGAGAGAGAGGGAUAGACGGAGUGGGAGAGAGGGAGAGAGAGAGAGGCACAGAGAGCAAGCGGGAGAGUGGGAGAGGGAGAGGGAGGGAGACACGACGGGGCAGCGCGGGAAAAACAGCACCAUCCCCGUCUGCGAUCCUCAUGACACCAACCCUCUCUCCCCCAUUGUAUCUACCUCCCUCGUCUCCCUGCCCUAUUAUCUACCCUACCGGAACAAGGCGGACGAUGCACAAUACAGGCUCAACGACUAUCUCUGAAGCCCCGCGCCUUUCGAAUCCACCCCGGUUUCCGAGCUCCCCCUGUCCAGUCUGCUCCUCUGCACGCACGGUAGUUUACUCCGUAUUUUCUAUUUGUGUCGAGGCUGAGUAGCAUCGUCACACUCAUUCUGCUUACCUCUCGAAGAGAUACCUAUACAUCCGCUCAUACCUCCCCCGUCCUUCAUAUACAUAUACCUACCUACUCAUCGUUACAUCUUCCUCCUUAUAUCCCACCCUGCCUCCCCCCCCCCUCCUUCUCCC